UAUAAUGUGUGGGGAGUGAGGAGUUUUUUUUCCCAAACUUAAACUCUGGAGCAUACCAGAAGAAGUUGAUUUUAUUGUUUAAGACCAGCGUAGUUGCGAAGAAGAAAGAUGGGAGACAUUGCUGGAUGCAGCUGUUGUUCUUUGGUAUUGUGCAUCAUCGGUUUCGUUACGGUUGCGUAUUACCUGCUGAGGUGGUCAUGGCAGUGUUGGCAUGGAUUCAAAGUGUACAUGCUCUCUGAGAUCUGGCAAACUGACUUGAGGACAUUUGGCCAAUGGGCUGUUGUGACUGGAGCAACAUCAGGCAUUGGUCGAGGAUAUGCUGAAGAGCUUGCGAAACGAGGAUUAGACAUUGUGCUGAUCAGUCGCUCGGAGGACAAGCUUCGCCGUGUCGCCAAAGAAAUAGAGUCUAAGUACAAGCGGCAGACACGUGUGAUUCAGACUGACUUCACAGAGGGCCAUUCAAUCUACCCUGCUAUCGCACAACAGCUAGAGGGCCUGGAGAUCGGCAUUCUGGUGAACAAUGUGGGUAUGAACUAUACAGGGACUCUGGCAAAUUUUCUGGAUGUUCCUGAUCCAGACCAGAGAAUCACACAGUUGAUAAAUUGUAACACACUGUCCAUCACUCAGAUGAGCAGACUUGUUUUGCCAGGCAUGCUUGAGAGGGAGAAAGGCCUCAUUAUAAACAUAUCAUCAGAAUCUGCAUCUCAGCCCCAGCCAAUGCAGUCAAUGUAUUCUGCCAGUAAGAUAUUUGUCACAUAUUUCUCUCGCUGUCUGAAUGCAGAAUACAGGUCAAAAGGAAUCACGGUUCAAUGUGUAGCUCCGCUUGUAGUCUCCACUAAUAUGACUUAUAACAUAUCUGUGAAUCCACUGGUGAAAAGUGCUGCUUCGUUUGCUAGAGAUGCUCUGAACACUGUGGGCUACACAACAUACACAUGUGGAUGUUUAACUCAUGCACUGCAGCACUUUGUUCUAUCGAUUUUUUUCCCGGGCUGGCUGCGUCUCUCGUCCUUUUGUGUGCAACACUUGGUAAAAUAUGCUCAGUUCAUUGAACCCGAUUUAAGGGCGAGGAUGGCAGAGAUAAAAAACAAACAGGACUGACACAAAGCCAUCAACAGCAGCAAUGAACCAAAAAAAAAAAAAAAAAAAUUGCAUGAUGGCAUUAACAAGAACUAUCUUUCACUGGCACUUUCACUGCAGUGACAGCUAUUCACAGCAGGGUAAAAAGAGAAUUCUGACUUUUCAUCUCUUAAAUGCAAAUUAUUUGAUGUAAUGUACAUUUACAACUACUGUUCAAAAGUUUGUGGUCAGCAAGAUUUUUUUUUAUUUUGUUUUUGUUUUUUUAAGAAGCUUUUUAUACUUACCAAGGUUGCAUUCAUUCGAUCAGAAAUACAAUAAAAACAAAACAAAAUAUAAAUGAUUAUUUAUUACAGUUAAAAAGAACUCGUAUUAUAAUUUAUUCCUGUGAUGGCAAAGCUGCAUUUUCUCCAGUCUUCAGUGUCACAUCAGUGAUGAAAACAGUUGCACUGCUUAAUAUGUUUUGUGAAAACAGUGAUACAUGUUUUUUCAGAAUUCCUUGAUGAAUAGAAAGUGCAAAAGAACAGCACUGAGAUUUUUUCUGUAACUGGUCACUUCCAAUAUAUCUUUCUGACCCCAAACAUUUAAAUAGGACAGUAUAUACAACAACUAACCUUUACUUUGUAUAAUAUUAUCCUGGCAUUAAUAGAAAAGAAAUCUAACUAGCAUCAUAGCCAACACUGAUAUGGAGUUCAGCACAAGACUACUCAUCACUAAUUAUUAUGAUUCAUUCUUUGUAAUCUUCUGGUGUCUGGUUUUGUAGCUGAGCCAAACCAGACAGUUAUUGAUGUGCACAGAACAGGCUCAAUGCCGAACGAGUACGGCUCCGUUUGCUUAGAACACUGAACCCUAUUUAAGGGCGAGGAUGGCAGAGAUAAAAAAACAAAAACAAAACAAAAAAACAACAACAACAAGACUGACAACAGUUACAAGGAUAUAAUUUCCCCCCGUUUCUGUUGAAUGAAUCAGCAUUUUUUUGAGAAAUGCACCAUGCCAGUUGUGAUGCUUAAAGGUCUAGUUGCAAUAAUUAACACCAUCAUAUAAAUGAUUAGAUACUAUACCUUUCAACAUAUGAGCCUUUCAUGCAGUUUCAAAUACGGAGUAACAGUAGAUU